GUUUUACAGAUUUUAUCUAGGCACCUAAAUAAUUGUAUAUAAUCCAAGCCAUCCGAUUUGGACUGAGCUAAGUGAGUACCUAACGUAUGGACAUUCGUAGAUUAACCCGCGACUUUCAGCUCGCUAUCCCGAAUUCUCCAGUGAUGAGAACCACUAACAUUUCAGCUUACAAAAAAAAACACACUGGGCAAUAAGAAGGAUUCCGAAAAGGACCCGAACUCCUGUAUAUAGUAGGGUUAUCCACAAAUAUAUGCAGUUGGCUGCUUGUCUACCUCUAAGUAACCCCGAAGUUUCGAAACUUCGGACUUCCUGGGUAGUUAUAUAAUUGCAAGCCUACAUCCAUAGCUUCUUUAUCAUUAUACUCUUCGUCUCUCUAGCAUAACCUCAUCAUGAUGCGAACAAACCUGUCUCCCCGCGGGCCUUCCAAGUCCGCCGUCCCCAAAACUCGGCGCCCAUUCAACGGGCUCUUUGUGCUCGCCUUCGCGGGCCUAUCCGUCCUAUUCACAUGGCUGAUGCGCACGGAGACCCUCCUAAAUGGCGUGCCUCUAAACUUCCAGGUCGUCCUAGAGAAGGGCCGUUUUGACAAUGGCACCCCCGUCGAGACCCGCUACACGGGCAUCAAGGUUGUCGACGAGAUCGCCAAGUACCUCGUCAUUGCGUUCCUCGAGGGCACCGCCCGCUGGGAUGUCGGUGUGUAUGCCCAGCAAGUGUAUUUCUUACUAGAAUGGUUUGCCGUCGUGUGUGUUUGGAGUGUGGAGGCUAGUCGUAGACGGAAUGCUUGGAAGCCUAUUAGUUUUGUUGGGUUUACUGCGUUUAUAUACCAGCUCCUUGGCGCCGCCAUAAUCCCGUCUCUGUAUUACUUAGGAUACGUGGUGACGUCUCGACAAGAUAGAUACUACUUCCAGGGCAGAGAGUUGUCCGCUGGCCAUGCGGCGUCGCUGCUCCCGGCUAUGAUCAUUGGCUACCUUAUCCCGACGAUCGUCACGUACUACCCGUGGGGCGACGUCAAGACGGUGCAGUAUCUGACGGCACUCUGGCAGCUUUCCCCUAUUUUCGCCAGCGUGCUAGUCUCGGUUUUCUCUUUUCUGAUACCUUCAUCGCCAGCCUCAGUCGCCAAAAAUAGUGAUGUCAAGCACCUCAAGCGGGUGUACCUGAUCGUCGGGCUUGUAACAACAAUUGCGCACGUUGGCACGCUUUACGCCUGUCUCACGUCGGACGACCCGAGGCUUUCGCUCAGCUAUGUGUUCCUGCCGAAUAGAACUACCUGGAAAGACAGCAUGGCCUUGGGACUGCACUACAUCUUCCAGAUCGACUGCUUGGGUGCGUUCGGCACCACGCUGUUCUGGUGCUGGCUUGCUGUUUACGAUGUUCUGCGGAUACUCGGCAAACCUACUACGAUAGACUUAAUCAAGACAGUACUAGGUAUUGGAUUUGUUACGAUUGCAGCUGGCCCGGGUACUGCCAUUAUUGCAGUUUGGAACUGGAGGGAGGAUAGACUCGUCAUGAUCGAGAGCGGCGUUAAGGGAACUUGGAAGAAGCCGAAGGCCGCGUAGAUAUGGGGUUAUACCUAUUUAUGUCUUCUGAAAAAUAUAUCGACCAUGGUGUCGGAUUUGUAAAUCAAGUAGCUUCCUAAUUAUACGAUUUAUGUCGCUGUGUAAUCGAGAUUCAC